AUCCUCUGGACAAGCCAGCCAGCCUCUCCAGAGCAGGCGUGUGAUCUCUGUACCCUGCAGUGGUCAGAAUAUGGAGAACUUCUCACUCCUCAGCAUCUCUGGACCUCCAAUCUCUUCCUCUGCCCUGAGUGCUUUUCCCGACAUUAUGUUCUCUCGUGCCACCAGCCUGCCAGACAUUGCAAAGACAGCAGUACCCACUGAGGCAUCCAGCCCAGCUCAGGCCCUGCCACCCCAGUACCAAAGCAUCACUGUCAGGCAAGGGAUACAGAACACAGUGCUCUCACCAGCAUCCUUGGCUCCACUGCUCCCUGCCAGAGACUCAGACCUGGUCCUUUCCUUUGCAGACUGCAGCUUGGGGGACACCCAGCACGGAGAGAAGCUGAGGCGGAACUGCACUAUCUACCGGCCCUGGUUCUCCCCCUACAGCUACUUCGUGUGUGCAGACAAAGAGAGCCAGCUGGAGGCCUAUGACUUCCCAGAGGUGCAGCAGGAUGAGGGCAAGUGGGACAACCGCCUUUCCGAGGACAUGGCUGAGAGCAUCUGUUCGUCCUCUUCCUCCCCAGAGAACACUUGCCCUCGAGAAGCCACCAAGAAAUCCAGGCAUGGCCUGGACUCCAUCACAUCCCAGGACAUCCUAAUGGCUUCCAGGUGGCACCCAGCACAGCAGAAUGGCUACAAGUGCGCGGCCUGCUGCCGCAUGUACCCCACCCUGGACUUCCUCAAGAGCCACAUCAAGAGGGGCUUCAGGGAGGGCUUCAGCUGCAAGGUGUACUAUGGCAAGCUCAAAGCCCUCUGGAGCAAGAAGCAGAAGGCCCGGCUGGGAGACGGGCUCUCCUCCGGCAGCUGCCAGGCCUUCAAUAGUCCUGCUGAACACCUUAGGUAAAUUGGCGGUGAAGCCUACUUAUGUCUCUAGAGAGAUGUCAAUAAAGUUAGUCACAGCCUUC